CGAGAGGACCGGCACAAAGUGCGGAGAUUCCUCCAGGAGUACAAGAACGACAUUGACGAGAUCUUGGCAGCCAGUCUCUACGAGCGCAGCACAGACCUGAUCACCGUGGGCCAAGCGCUGUCCGGCCAAGUGUCAGAGCUGUUGGACGCGAGCGACGAGGAGCUGGAGUCCAAGUCGUACCUACACCACAUCGUCCUGACCUUGAGAAACCAGCACAGCUUCAUGCUGACCACACUGAUGAGACUGGCAGAGGAUGUGUUACACUGGGCACCCACGCUCAAGGACCGGCUUCCCAAAAGUGUCUUCAUGAAGCACGGCUUUGAGGAUGAACACAUCAUGAAACACGAGAACAGCACUAUAGUGGUGGCCCAGUGUGUGAAGAAGGAAGCCCCUCAGAUCAUAGCGAAGGAGAACGUCUUGAUGAAGUACGUGAUCGACACCCACCUGGACGAGACCUGGGAGAAGUUCAUGGAGGGUUUGUUCCUCCACCGUCACCCCUCCCCCAACCCGUACCCGGCCUUCAUCUCUCUGUGCCGUGCCAACGCUAUGAGAAUGGACCUGUGCUUUGAGCCGGAGUCAACAGUUCUCGACAGGAUGUUGACGAAGACGGCGAAGGUGGUAGACCCCGACAACUUCGUCUAUCAGCUACCCAGCUGUGAAGCUUGUGGACCAGCAACAGCAGUCGCAGUGUUGGACCCCGGGGCCUAUGUGCCUGUAUUACAGUGUGUACAAGACUUCCUGCUCAACAAGGCCUACAUCCACCGCAAGGGACCCUACAGGAUCGGUAUCUGCCUGGGUCUCACUGGACCGUCGGCUCUGUACGGAAAGAUGCGGCCGUACCUGACCCAGUUAGACCUGGAUGAGCACUACUACAUCCAGGGGCCCGUCGGCUGUCAGGCAGACGCUGCUCAGCUGUUUGCUGUCAUGAUCCAGAAGCACGUCUGGGAGAUGGUGGCCGCCAACAAGGUUCCCAUCAUGGGAGUGUUCAUCGGCCGCGACAAAAACCGCUGGUCCUGGGAAGAAGUCAUCAACAAAAAGCUUGGGUUUUUCACCGAGGUGGAGAGUCUGGUGUUGCAGAAGGAACCCAUCUACCUCAAGGUCAGAGAAAUAUUUUGAGGACGACCCUUCCAGCUUCUACUCCACUUUGUUUUCUUCCUCAGAGAGGGCUGCCUUCCACUACCAGAACGGCGGGCCUCUGAGGGGAGGUAACCCCGUGAGCACGUCCAACGUGCGAGCGGCGCUCACCGCCAUGGACCAGAAGUUGUUGACCUUGAGGGAGAAGUCGGACUUCCUGGAGGUGUAUCGGCUGCUGCUGCUACGGUCGCUCAUCUCGGACAACACGGAUCACAUCGUGGAAGCCUGGCGAAUGUUCCACAGCAUCGCGGGCCAGGCCGAGUAUGUUGCCAGUUUGGCUCAGUCCCUGGCAGAGCUGGUGGAGUUUGAGGUGGAGUACGAGAAGUUUGCCGCUGUGGAGGUCUCCAUGUCGGGGAAAGGGGAGUCGGAGAGUCCGGUGAACCUGGGAGUGGUCAGUGCGAUGACCAGGGCCCUCCUGGAGCGGGCCAAGCAGGUGUGUGAUUGGCGCGUGUCGAUGUGCGCGCUGAGCAUGCCGGAGCUGAUCACGCACAAGCUCAAGGUCGUGGUGGAGACAGACAGAAAUAGCUCGCGUGUUUAUCCCAUCAUGAGCGUCUCG